CAGAAAAUGAAUGGUGGAUUUGGCAUGAAAGAAGAUCUCACGCGAGUUUCAAACCACCAAGAAUGCUCUCUUUGUAAGAGAAUCUUCUUAACACUUCAAGACCUAAUCUCACACAUCAAUACCUUUCACUCCAAUCAUCAUCUCUCCACCUUCUCAUCAUCUGCCGCCGCCGCACCCACCGCCUUCCACCAAUACCCGAACCUUAACCGUAGCCCCAAUCCUGCUUUCCCGGCAAGGAAUUGUUUUGACUCGAAGAAUUACCGUAUUGAUCAUGCAGAUGAACAAGGGAGGUUUCUCAAAGGAUCUCCGGCUAGAAACACCAACGUUUUGUUUGGGCAGCAGGAGAAGCCGAAGCUGAUGAAUCUCUUUCCGACUACGCCAUCGGAAGGCUUACAUACGCUUCCGCUUCUUUGUCAGCUUGAGACACAGAGACCGCAGGAUACUGCGACGGAGAAAGGCGGGGACAUCUCGAGUUACAUCGACUUGACGUUAAGGCUGUGAAUCUUUGAUAUCAAACAAGCAAAAUAUGACUCUUGAUAAGAGAAACUAGAGCUCUUGAUGAAAAGCACUAAUAUAUCUUAUUGUAGUUGAUGUUGUUGUUGCUGUCGGAAUGAUUAUUGUAAUAUCUAUUUUCUUCUGCUAUAGUUAAGG